AUGGAAACAGAAGAACAGAUAAAUAACGUUGAAGAAUUCUUGACAUUGCCGUUUUCUGACACAAGCCCUUUAACGGAGGGACCAGGCGAAGAAGAUGUUGGUUUUACUAUAAAUGAGUAUUUUGCUCAUAGCAUCAUUGGAUAUGGUUCUUCUAGUACCGUAUGGUUGGCUACGAAAAGCCCUAACAAUGCUGAAUAUGCCAUUAAAGAAUUUCGUAAAAGCUUUUUGCGCCGUCAGAAAAGAGCAAAUUUACUUCAUACUGUGAGCAAGCAGAGUGGAAGGACUCAUUUAGAUCGUAUAUCUUUGGAGAAAAAACUUCAUCAGGACGAACAGUUAGACCCUUUUUGUUAUAUAAGGACUGAACUUGAUAUCCUUCAAUUGUUAAAUCAUCCAAACAUUGUCAAGAUAGUGGAAGUGAUAAAUAAUGAGUAUAUGGAUAUGUUACUAGUUGUUUUAAAUUACUGUUCGAGUGGUAAGCUGGCUUCCGUUGAUCAUGGUAUAACUUUCUCUGCGUUUCCAGAAGAGAGUUGUCGAAUUUAUUUUCGUCAGCUUGUAUCUUCUGUCGAUUAUAUUCACAGAAAAAAUGUGGUUCAUAGAGAUAUAAAGCCUGACAAUAUCUUGCUAGACGCUGCUCGGAAUUUGUGUUUAAUUGAUUUCGGUCUAGCGGAAUUCCUUCCACCAGAUGGAAUGGUCGAUGUUGUAUCUUCAACGCCAGCGUUUAUGGCACCAGAACUGCUGGCUUGUCCUCAUCAAAAAGUCGAUGGUAGGAAACCCGAUCUCUGGUCUAUGGGAGUUACGUUGUAUGUCUUGGCUUUCGCAAAACUUCCUUUUUCUGGAAAUACAAUUGCAGAAAUGAUUACAAACAUAAAAGAAAAGGAUCUUGAAAUACCGAAUUAUGCUAGCGAAAAUCUUCGAAAUGUUAUAAAAAAACUACUCCAGAAGGAACCUCAGCGAAGAAUUAACGCACAAGAAUUAUUGAAGGAUCCUUUCGUAAGGGAAUAA